AAAACUAUCUUCAUGAUCUUUUUAUUGGUAUUCUCUCAAAACACCUGCAUGACUCUUAACUAGUUCUAUAUUUAAAUCUAGAUCUUAUUUCACAUGACAUGUAUGCGUUUAACAUGAUGCAUCGCGGCAAUAUACGUGUUGCCAUUCUAGUCGCAGUGCUGGCAGUUCUAGUGUCUGAUGGUUUUGCUGGCCAUACUUAUAAACCUUGCAGGAGAAUAUGCAAAAGGGAAGAACUAAGAAGAAAAUGCAAAAAUAUUUGUGCACUUCAACAGGGGUACACAUGUGGUGGUGGCUGUUGGAAAAGAUGUCUUGGAGAUGCCGGUGUGCCUCCAAAAUUCGCGCUAGAACCUUGCAUGCAAAAAUGCACAAGAUCGGCAGGUUCUACAUCUCCUACAGAAAAAUGUAUUCCAAUAGACAUAGCCGUGAUAGGUGGUGGAAUAGGUGGCGCAUAUGCAGCCUGGAAGUUAAAGGAAAGCAAACAGUCCAUACACUUAUUUGAAUAUUCCAACCGAAUAGGAGGGCGUGUAUACAGCCGAAAACUACCGGGUAUUGACUACAGAUUGGCUGAGAUGGGAGCAAUGAGAUUUUUCCCAGCAGUGGAAACUAGGGAGGGCACGCGGGGCCAUGUGUUUGUCACCAACGCUAUAGAAUCUCUUAAACUGGAAACCAUGGAUUUUCAAGACUACAGUGGUGAUUUUAAGUCAAACAUCCAGAAUAACACUUUUCACCUCAGAGGAAUGCAUAUGAAAUAUAUUGACCUGGGUAGUUCUAGAGUACCUUACAACUUGUACCACGAUGAGAUUGGAAAAUCCUCAAUCCAACUACGCAGGAAAAUAUACGAAGCUAGCGUACCAAAUUCCGAUUCUGGUGAUAAGAAACUAGAUAAAGAUGGCAUUGAAUUAUUUAAACAAAGAUAUGACAGAAUUUGGCGCAAAUAUGGUGGCUCGAUUGAAGCGAUAGAAUAUGUCUCAGACGUUUUGGGGUUUGAUGUCUCUGAAGAAAAUGCAGCGUCUAAUGUACCUGUAGGACCUUCUGAAAAACCCUAUGAUGAGAUAAGGGUCAAAACACUCAGAAAUGGAAUGAGUGCUCUCCCUUUGACAAUGAUAAAACAGUUUGAAGAAAACAACUCAGAAAGGCAUAAGGUGCACAUGAACCAUAAGUUGAUACGCAUAGAAAAGCAAGGGGAGAAUGAGCUGUUAACAUUCCAAAAAACAACAACCAGCAACUAUAUCACAUCGGACACCAAGGAACAAGCUACCAUUUGUGCUAAACGUGUAAUCCUAGCUCUACAUAGAGAUGCUCUCAUGGAAAUCGACUGGCAACCUCUCAAAAAUCAGAAAUUUAUUGACUCUCGGCUUAAUGCUGUCUAUGGACAAGAUGCAUUAAAAAUGUAUCUUGGCUAUGAGGAGCCAUGGUGGGAGAAACUAGGAUUCACAACAGGGAGGGCUGUCUCUACGCUUCCUGUCAGACAGAUGAUUUACAAGGGCAAGGGGAAACCCACCUCCUAUACAUCAAAAGACGUUAACAGUAAAUCAAUGAUGCUAGUGUACUCACCUUAUCCGCAUGCUUCAUUCUGGGAUGACUCGUUGUUAGAUAGUCAUCUGUUAGCCACACCGCUAGCAACUAACAUGCUUGCUAGCGAGUACAACAUAUCAGAGACGAUUUUAGCAGAGGCCCAUAACCAGAUUGCAGAGGUACACCAAUUACGACCUGAAGACCUAGCAAAACCGUACACAGGUGUAAUGCAUUAUUGGAAACAAGGUGGACCCCGAGGGUCAGCAUUCUAUUCCUGGAAGGGUGGUGCUGACUGGGAAAACAUUUCUAAACAAAUGAUCAAACCCAUUGAGGACGAAAACGUACACAUCGUUGGAAGCUGCUAUAGUACACAUCAACAUUGGAUUGAGGGAGCUCUGACCUCAGUGGAAGAACUAUUAAAUAUGCAUUAUAACCAGCAAAAUGAUACCUGGAUUGAGAACAAAAGGGUAGACAGGCGUAGACGCGGUGUCUACUCCAGAGAAUAUGAAAACAUUCCUCGAUGGACCUAAACUUGAAAUAGAGUAUUUUGAAACUGACAUGAAUUAGAUGUAUUCUUCUUUUGGAUAUCCACCAGCUAUCCCCUCACCAGCAUUCCAUCAUCCUUAUGGUUAGCAUACUAUUGAUUAGAUAGCAUUAGUUCGACAUUGAUUGACCAUUACAAUAAAACUGCAAUCCUAGAUAAUUUCGAAACUCUGAAGACUUUCUUACUUAAAAAAAUGUGCUAUCUUGGCCCAUUUAUUUUUGCACAUCGUCUCAUAUCCUAGGUCUAAAUUCAUAUAAUUAAAAAUUAAAAAUAAUUAAAUAGUUUAUUGAAACAGAGUUUAUAAUAUUGUAUUUGAA